GGCCUCUACUCAGGUCUAUCCUCUUUGGUCGUAUCUCUGGUCAGUAGCAGUCCCUGGUCCCUGGUGGUGCUCCCGACCACUGAAAUCUAGUUGACUUGACAUGCCUUUAGGUGUGAAACCGGAGUGUAUCAAAUGUGGUGGGCGGGAGACAGUUCUCUGGCACUCGACAGAACUCGGUAGUUUGUGUAAUGAAUGUAUUGAGGAUGAAAGAAGUACUAGUAACUCCGGGAAGGCUGAUGAGGAUGAGAAAAAUGGAUCAAAGCCUGCAAGGAAGAGUACGAGAAUUACUCGAUACUGCAAACCUAAACUUAGUGCUCCUGGCAAGGGGGUAUUGAAGGGGAAAGGUCGACGAAAUAUUUUUAAGAAACAGCCAGUCAAAGCCCCUUCAGCAGUUGCAACUCCAGUGACUAGUAAUUUCCUCUUCUACAAAGGUUCAUAUUUUCAAGUUGGGGAUGUUGUAUCCAUGGAGGAUAUGGAUGGAGGAGUCUACUACGCCCAAAUUAGGGGAUUAUUGACUGAUCAGUACUGUGAAAAGAGUGCUGCUAUCACCUGGCUUUUGCCGACAACUGCAAGUCCACCACCUGGAGAAGGUUUCAGCCCGGAAUCCUAUAUAAUAGGACCAGAGGAAGAUCUCCCUCGUAAAUUAGAGUGUAUGGAAUUCGUAAUGCAUGCACCAUCAGACUACUACAAACUGAAGAAUACUCCGUAUCCUCCCCUACUGACAGAGGAUGGUUGUGGAUACAUCUGGACAUCACUCAGAAAUGAAAUGAACAAUGGAAGAAGAUGAACCAUUAUCAUUGAUUAUGGAUUAUGGACAGUUUUUAUUGAAUAUAUAAUAAUUGAAAUAUCAUAACAGUA